AUGAUUUGCACGAUCGGGCCUUUUGGGCCUGGGUGGGAAUUGUUGGGUGGACAUGCAGCAUCCCACCCAUCCCACCCAUCUCACCCAUCCCACCCAUCCCACCCAUCGCACCCAUCCCACCCAUCCCACCCAUCCCACCCAUCUCACCCAUCUCACCCAUCCCACCCAUCUCACCCAUCCCACCCAUCUCACCCAUCCCACCCAUCUCUCCCAUCCCACCCAUCUCUCCCAUCGCACCCAUCUCUCCCAUCCCACCCAUCUCUCCCAUCGCACCCAUCCCAUCCGCCAGCUCCAACAGUGGGCUGUGAUCCCAUAGACACGCUGCCGGUUACUCACUUUCCCCCUUCACUUCACUCCCUGCAUAAUCUCCCUUCCCACUCAUCUCACCCAUCUCUCCUACCAGCCGCCACCCCCCGUGAUCCCAUGGACAUGCUACCGGCGUCUCUCUGGCACCGAGUGUUCCGCUGCCUGCUGCUGCCGCCCGGCUCCUCGCACCCCGAGAACCCCCUCGUCCACAGCAGACGAAAGACGCCCUGGUAUCUCACCGCCACAACACAGCCCCCAGCGGGCAGAAACCUGCCCGUGAAAUUUGUGGACCCUGACUUCACGGCAGUCGGGCAGCACCGGAAGAAUGCGAAGAGUUACGGCAGCGGGUGGGCACUGCUGUGCUGCGCCAUGGCCAGCAAGAGGCUCCUCACGCUCGUCCUCUCCUUCUCCGUGAGUGCUGCUCUGUCUGCCCAUCACCCCAUCUCCUUGGUCUACAACGACCUACACCCGCAGUGGGAGAGAAGCGUUGCCUUCUUCCUGCGCUGGCGCGGCCUCAGGUCCCUCGCCCUCACCUACACGCACAUCAUGCAGCUGCACACGCUCUGCUCGCAGGCCGAGUGCUCCUGCUCCUGGCGCGGCCUCAAGUCCCUCGCCCUCACCUACACGCACAUCAUGCAGCUGCACACGCUCUGCUCGCAGGACCAGUGGCAGUUCUCCUCCCUCACCUCGCUCAGCCUCAAGCUGCGCGGCUGUGUGGACUCCGCGCAUCAGUUUGACACAGUGGAGCAGGGCGAUAGGGAUGAGGUGGAGGAGGACUACUGGACGCACUCCUUUGACUGCCCACGUCUGCAGCGGCUGAAGCUGGGCCGCGGCAAGGGGGUUCUACAAGCAAUACCCUCGCCUGUCAGGUUCGGCCACGGCGAGGCUCGCCCGUCGUCGCCAUGGCGGCCGCCGCGGCGGAUUGAUUUAGCCCGUAGCAGCGCGACACGGCGAGGCAGGAGGAUGCUAAGCAGCGGUGGAAGGAAUGGACAGUAA